CCCUAAUGUUUGUCUCAGAGUCCUUUGAGUCAGCUAGAACAGUUUCAGUGAAUGCAACAUCAAAAUCAAAGGUUGGGAAAUCAACUGCCAAUGGUGUUUCAAAACAUGGAAAUAGAGCUGUAUCUUCGAGAGCCGUGGCAACAAAGGGCGUCAAGUCUGAAUUAAUAUCUGUUCAUGAUAUAGCGGUCCAGUCUCAAGCCUUGUUAAAUAUCAAGGAUUCUAAUAAGGAAGAUAGAGAGAGAAUGGUGGUUCGAAGGUUUAAGUUUGAGGACCCACGUAUUGAGCAGAUUCAAGAUCUUGAGAAUGAUAUGAUGAAGUACUUCAGAGAGGAUUUACAUCGGAGACUCUUAAGUGCAGAUUUUAAGAAGCAAGUUGAUGGACUUGAAAUGCUGCAGAAGGCACUUCCAUCCAUUGCUAAGGAAGUUAUAGAAGUUUUGGACAUUCUUCUGAGGUGGUUUGUGUUGCAGUUCUGCAAAUCGAACACAACAUGUCUAUUGAAGGUUCUUAAUUAA